AUGAUCAGAUCCUCCCGACGACCACACGAGCAGAUGAGGGGAUACUUAUCAGGUCCCCUUCUUGUAGCGGCUUUGGCAGUCUUUACAUUGGGGAUUCUCGUUGGGAAAUGGCAAGAACGACGAGCUGUCGGUACCCCACCACCACCACCACCGUCUCCGCAGCAUGGAUCGGUACUCCAUUUACAAGAUCUCCCAUUCCAAACCACCAGUCAUGCGGGGAUUCAAAAGAAACAAUUUCUACAGCCCUUUGAAAUUCCCAAUCUAUCGGGUUUUCAAGUUGCCACCUUGCAUCAAGGCGAAUCCGUGUCAAUUCACCAACACAAGACCAUGCACGAAGUCUUUUAUGUACUCUGGGGAAAGGGAACCUUCACUAUCAAUGGGGUGGAUCAUCCGGCAUCGGAAGGAACCAUGGUCCACCUUGUACCGGGAGAAAAACACGGCAUACAGAGUGACGAGGGAGAGUUGAUACUGGCCUAUUUUGGAAUCACGGUUGGAGACGAAAAGUGACGCGAGAGGUCGCGGACGAAACAAGCAAAAGAAGUGCUGCAACAAUCUACUGUACAAUACACACAAGAGGAACUCAGUGCCCAAAAGUCCAGGACGAAUACGGACUCGCUCAAUGGUUGCACAUGGUACUAUCAAGGAGAAGGAGAACUAAAAGAUGGGACAAUGAGGAUAUGGACGUAGAAAGCUUGGAGGAUACCAUUACUCAUACUAUUCCAAGGAGCUGCGUUCCCACAUGACUGAUUUCUUGAAGGAACUGGCUAGUUGGAUAAGGAUCGGUUGUUUUCAGUCCACAACGUGCAGAAUGAAUACUACACACAGGAGAUGAGUUUGGUUGCUUGACUCUUUGAACUAAGCAUAAUAUACGGAUGGAAGAAAGGCAGGCUCAGCAUCUGCUUUCAAGUGGCAAAACAUGGCACUCUUCCACAUUCAUCCUCUGGGAAGCCAAUCUAUAAUGCCCCUUGUCGCACUUCUGCGUUAGGUCGUAUCAUGGCAACAUGGAACGAAUUUUUAAUCCAUUGACACCAGCAGCACUCUUCAUUGAGCACACUUCCAACUCAACAUUGUGAGGUGCAAUAUAGUCCUGUGGACAUCCCUUUUCAUGGGCGUACUUCAAACAGU